GUUCCACUACUCUUGCUCUUUGGCAACCCCCCAUCAUCUAAGGCUUCGCGGCACAAGAGAGCCCCGAGGAGCACUGAUCAGAUAUGGCGUUCACGCAGACGUGCCUUGCACUCCUGGUGCUGGUUAUCGGCGUGGCUCAAGCAACACCAACCACCAACUUUGACAAGUUUUUCCCAUUCUGGGACCCAAUGCUCCAAGAGAUACUCCGGGAGAACUGCUCAUCCGAGUACGCCACUUACAAGACAGGCGAGCGGGAGCCCGGGUCUCCGCUGUCCGGUCUCAUCACGCCCGUCAUCAACUGCAUCCUCGAAACGCUGCCCGAGUUCAAAAGGCCGAACUCGGCGCCAGCGCCGUCAUCCUUGACUUUGGGCAGCACACCGGCCGAGACAGCCCUGCUCGGCCUGCGGCGCCCCAUUCUCGCCACCCUCCUCGCCCUGGGGAGCCCGUCCGUGGCGAUAAUGCGGACGAGCGACUUCAUGACGACCAUUAGCGAGCUCGUGGAGAAGGGCGACACGCGGCCGACAACGAUCCGGGCGUCGCGGUGGCGCUACGUCACGAGCAGGUGGCGCAUGGCCAUGAGCGUGGCCGAGUACCUCGUCACCAUGUUGGCCGUGGCCACCGUCGUCUACCUCGCGUACCAGCUCGGCUUCAACGCGGUCGUCAUGCUCGCCCCCGGGACCAUCUUCCUGCUGCCCCUGUGGACGUUCAUCUGCAUUAUCAUCCACCUCGGCGGCGUGCUCAUCUUGUACCUCAAGCUGCACAUCGACCACAAGACACCGUGCGCUCAGCAGCAGAAGCACGACUUCCGACCAGCACACCCGCUGCGCAACCACGACUCCUCCAGGAGCGACGACAGCUUACAGCAGCAGGUCCAGCAACAACAGCACUACUCGACGGCAGCCUCGGAGCCCUCCAAGGUCGGCAUCCUGCGCAGGCGUACGACAACCCUGAGCCAGGAGUUCACGCCCGCGGCCUUCCAGGAGCCCACGCGGCUGCGGUGGCGCCGGGAGACCAUCCUCGUCAACUUCCUCAUCUGGCUCCUGUCCAUCGGCACGCUGGUGAACCUGGUGCUGGGCAGCAUGAUCUUCUCGUCGCUGCUCUUCUUCAGCGUCAGGGAUGUGCUGCUGAUUGUCGGGCGGUACUUUGUCAGCACACUGAUCUGCAGGGCAAUCGUGCGGAUCGAGCUGUCGGGGAUGAAGGAGUGUACGUACUACGAGCCGAUGGACGAUGAGGACGACGACGACGACGAGCACCGGGUGAUGAGGAACAGCGGUGCUGCGUUUGAGACGAUCCCGCUGAAGAAUGUGCAGCACCCAUAUGGGCGCGAGGUCAGUGGUUGAGUACCUUGGUGCGAUGGCGUCGGCUAGAGAGCACUGGGUGACGUAUCAGCUCUAUCGUAGUGACGAGGCAGCCACUAUAGAUGCUUUCGCGCUCGAAUCUCCCUUCCCAACAUCUCAGAGAUGAUUGAUCUUAAUAAAGU